ACAAAGAUAAACCCACAUCCUUAGCGCGGCCAGUUCGUCGUCUGAACCUCUGAAGAUAGCAAAAUGUCCUCUAGCGAUCAGAACCCAUCGCCAACACCGGCGUCCGGCACCGGCACGUCCGUGCCGCCGCCAGGCAGGGCGACGACGGUAUCCUCGCAGCUCCUGGACAUGGGCGCGCAAGCGGUGCAGGCGCUGAAGCCCGUGCGCCAGAUGAAGCAGCACGCGUGCAGCUUCGCGCUGUACGCUCACGACCUGAGCCGCCAGGUCGAGGUCCACCACUUCGUCUCCCGCCUCAACCAGGACGUCCUCCAGUGCGCCGUCUACGACUCCGACAAGCCCUCGGCCCGCCUCAUCGGCGUGGAGUACAUCGUGUCGGACGCCAUCUUCGAGAGCCUGCCUCCGGAGGAGCAGAAGCUGUGGCACUCGCACGCGUACGAGGUGAAGGCCGGGCUGUGGACCGACGUCGGCGUGCCGGAGCCGCUGCAGAGCUCGGAGAUGGCGAGGAUGGCCAAGACGUACGGCAAGCUCUGGUGCACCUGGCAGGUGGACCGCGGCGACGCGCUGCCCCUGGGCGCGCCGGCGCUCAUGGUGUCGCCGCAGGCCGUGGAGCCCGGGCGGGUGCGCGCCGAGCUCGUGCACGGCCGCGACGAGAGGUACAAGAUCGACAGCUCGGCGCAGGGGCUGAAGGGGGCCAGGGUUGAGAUGGACGAGCCGGAGUGGAUCAACCCGAACGCCGACUACUGGCGCCUACACGGCAAGGGGUUCGCCAUCGACGUCACCGCCACCGAGAUGAAGCGCCACGCGCCCUUCCCGUGAAAAUGAGAGGAAGACGCUCUUGAUUUGCCGCUGUACUUGACAAGUUCGCUGCACACAUAUGAAACGAAAAGUCUGGAUGAAAUGUCAGCUUAUCUAAAGUUGUGUGUUGUGAUGGUGCUACGGUGCUACCUAUGCUGUACCUUUCCAUGUGCCACGUCUCUCUCUCUCUCUAUAGCAAUGUUGCACAAAAACUUUUGGAGAAUGGCGCAGAAGACAUCGACCUCAAGAAGAACGGUACUACUUCCUUCCAAUAUCCAAUAAAGCAGUAUAUCUCUCUAUA